AUGAGGCCAGUAUUACCUAAACACGGACGUCGCUGGGCGUCGGAUACAGUUCCCUGCAAAACAACACUCAGCAGCGGCGGAACGUCUCCCGGAGGUGGCAGCAGCACCACUGAUUCACUCGAAAUGGAAUUCGUGGAAGUAACGUUUGAUUUACAAGAUGACAACACUAUUAUUCUCCAGAGCCUGGAGCCAGCAGCAUCAACAGUUAUCAACGUUGAAACUACUCCGGUAGUGCUUUCUGUUUCUGCCCCGAUUUCGAGAUCGGAGACGAUGAUGAGGCGAAGUUCGAAUAGGUUCUUACAGUUUUCUCAAGACUUGAAAGCUGAGCUGAGAAAUUUUUCUUGGAGUCGUGGACAAGCUAGUAAGGCUUUAUCGAAUAGAUUUGAAACGGCUUUAGCAGCUCGUGCUUUGAGAAAGCAACGAGCGCAGCUCGAUCGAACUCGCUCCGAUGCGCAUAAAGCAUUGCGAGGAUUGAAGUUUAUGAGCAACAAAAGUAACGGCGUUGAUGCUUGGAAUGAAGUUCAAUGCAAUUUUGAUAAGCUUGCUAAAGACGGUUUCCUCUAUCGUGCCGAUUUCGCUCAAUGCAUAAGAAUGAGAGAUUCUAAAGAGUUUGCGCUCGAACUAUUUGAUGCAUUGAGCAGGAGAAGAACACUGAAAGUUGAAAAGAUUAGCAGAGAACAACUUCAUGAAUUUUGGUCGCAAUUUACUGAUCAAAGUUUCGAUUCUCGUCUCCAGAUUUUCUUCGACAUGAUGGACAAGAAUAACAAUGGAAGAAUUAACGAAGAAGAAGUAAAAGAGAUUAUAAUGCUGAGUGCAUCUGCAAACAAACUGUCCCGAUUAAAGGAACAAGCAGAAGAGUAUGCUGCUUUGAUUAUGGAAGAGUUGGACCCUGAAAGACUUGGCUACAUUGAGCUGUGGCAACUUGAGACUCUUCUCCUACAGAAGGACACGUAUCAGAACUACAGUCAAGCACUAAGCUACACCAGCCAAGCUUUGAGCGAAAGCCUAAGAAAAAGAGGGUCAAUAAUCUACUUUUUACAAGAGAAUUGGAGAAGAGUUUGGGUUUUGGCAUUAUGGAUGAUGAUAAUGAUUGCAUUAUUCACAUGGAAAUUCUUUCAAUAUAAGCAAAAAAGUGCUUACCAAGUCAUGGGUCAUUGUCUACUCACAGCUAAAGGUGCAGCCGAAACAUUGAAGCUCAACAUGGCCAUUAUUCUUUUGCCAGUCUGCAGAAACACAAUCACUUGGCUCCGCUCCACCAGAUUGGGUUACUUUGUUCCCUUUGACGACAACAUCAAUUUUCACAAGACUAUUGCAGCAGCAACUGUAAUCGGUGUCGUUCUCCAUGCUGGAAGCCAUCUUGCCUGUGAUUUUCCAAGGAUUAUGAACUCAUCUCAGACAGACUAUAGUAAGUACUUACGUGAUGACUUCGGAGAAAAUAAACCUUCAUAUGGUGAAUUGGUGAGAGGAGUUGAAGGUGUGACAGGAAUUCUAAUGGUUAUCUUAAUGGCAAUUGCAUUUACACUUGCAACAACAUGGUUUAGACGCAGCCUUAUUAAGUUUCCAAAGCCCUUCGAUAGGCUUACUGGGUAUAAUGCAUUUUGGUACUCACAUCACCUAUUUGUUCUUGUAUAUGUGCUUCUCAUCAUUCAUGGUAUAUUCCUCUAUUUAGUCCACAACUGGUACAAAAAGACGACAUGGAUGUAUCUUGCUGUUCCGGUUUUACUAUAUGCCGGAGAAAGAGCCUUGAGAUUCUUUCGGUCUGGCUUUUACUCUGUCCAGCUCCGUAAGGUUGCAAUUUAUCCUGGAAAUGUGCUCACAUUGCAAAUGUCAAAGCCUCCCCAGUUUCGAUACAAAAGCGGGCAAUACAUGUUUGUUCAGUGUCCUGCUGUUUCUCCAUUAGAAUGGCACCCAUUUUCCAUAACUUCUGCUCCUGAUGAUGACUACCUUAGUGUUCACAUAAGGGAGCUUGGUGAUUGGACUCAAGAGCUUAAAAUGGUAUUCUCGGAAGCUUGUGAACGUCCUGUAGCCGAUGAGAGCGGGCUUCUCAGGGCUGAUGAAACUACCAACAGUUUGCCAAAGCUAUUAAUAGAUGGGCCUUAUGGUGCUCCAGCACAAGAUUACAGGAAAUAUGAUGUGCUAUUACUGGUCGGACUUGGAAUUGGAGCAACACCAUUCAUCAGCAUUCUGAAAGAUUUGCUGAAUAACAUUGUCAAAAUGCAGGAGCAGGCAGAUUUAAACUCCCCGAAACGUAAAACGACACUCAAGACCACCAAUGCUUAUUUCUACUGGGUAACUAGGGAGCAAGGCUCUUUCGAUUGGUUCAAAGGGGUCAUGAAUGAAACAGCAGAUCUUGAUCAAAGGGGUGUAAUUGAAAUGCACAAUUACUUGACCAGUGUGUAUGAAGAAGGUGAUGCCAGAUCUACCCUCAUCACAAUGGUUCAAGCUCUAAACCAUGCCAAAAAUGGCGUGGACAUUGUUUCUGGCACCAGGGUGAGAACACAUUUUGCAAGGCCCAAGUGGAAGAGGGUUUUCUCGAAAUUAUGUUCCAAACACUCUAAUGAAAGAAUAGGAGUAUUUUACUGUGGAGCCCCUGUGUUGGCUGAAGAACUAAGCAAGCUGUGCUAUGAUUUUAAUCAGAAAGGUUCAACCAAAUUUGAGUUCCACAAGGAACACUUUUAAGUUUUAAGGAGACAAUGUGGGUGUGUAUACCCAUACUGAUACAAGGGAAGCAAUGUACAGAGUACAGCAGAAAAAGAAAAAGAUACAAGUACAAAAGUCUACUGAUUAGUAUUUAAGGGUGUUUAAAUUCAGUUUUGAUUGGGUUAUGAGCUUUUACUGGCCCAAACUGAAUAUUAAUAAUAAAUUGGGUUACAACCCAA